AUGCUAUUUAUUUUUGGUGAAUCUAAUAAUAAUCAAUCAUUCGUUAAUCAAUUUGAUACAAAUAAACAGCAUGCAAUAAAUACACCUUCAUCUCGACGGAGUUAUCGUGCAAUAACUUUGCCUGAUGAUAAUAUUUUAUAUAUUGGUGGACUUAAUGAUGGAAUUAAUCCUACUGAUACUUUAGCUAGUUUAUUACUUAUGCCAAUGGACAAUUUACCAUUAUAUAAUACAAAAACUAAUACGUGGACAAUUAUGAAUAUAACUGGCCCAACUCCUCCUUCUCGCGUUUAUUUCUCAGCAGUAUUAACUCCUGACGGGCGUAUCAUAAUAUUUGGUGGUUAUCAAUUACUUAGCGGUACGUAUGGUGAUCUGUGGAUCUUAGAUAUUAUAACGUAUCAAUGGUCGGUUGGAAAGAUUUUAAACCCAAUUGCAAAUUUAAAUCUUGUUGGACAUACUGCAACAUUAGUGGAUAAUUAUAUGUUUGUUAAAAAAGUCAGGUUGCGUACCGUUCCUGAUAGAGUUUUAAAAAAUUACGUUACUAUCGAAGUAGUAAAGCUACAGCGUAAAAUUUGGCUGCCAUAUUGUUAUUGCCCAAUCGUUUGUAAGCCUAAUGUUGAGAUGAAUAUUAUGGAUCAAACACAGGUCAAAACUUUAGCAUUUACAUUACGACCAAGCAUUGUUAUGAAAAAUCGGCUUUGGAGUUCUUUUAAGAAUCCUAUCGCUAUUUGGAAAGGUUUUUUUUCAAAUACUACUUAUUCAUCAAAAAUAUUUAUGUUAAAUGUAAGCCAAAAAGAUUCCUAUAGAUGGGUUACUGAAUUUAUUCCAAAUAUUACAACUACUACAACUGUUACAAAUUCUAUAAUUUCAA